AUGCUGAAAGGAAGUGGUACAAUUGUGGAGUUGAAGCGAACAGAGUUUUUGAUGAUUUCAGUUGGUAAUGUAGUGACCGUACAAAGUGUGAGCACGAUAUCGACAGGUCAGAAACGUGUUGGUGAUGAUCAUGGAGCACCAGCCUCCAAGAAGGCGCAUAUGGUUGAUAGCGAAGAAAUCGUGCAAGUGAAAGUGCUCAUUCCAUCGGCAGCUGUUGGUGCAAUAAUCGGUAAAGGUGGUGAAACAAUGCGUAGUCUGAAAAGUGAAUCUGGUUGUCGACUGCAAAUGAGCAAAAAUCAAGAAGUCUAUCAUGGUACAAAUGAACGUAUUUGUUUGGUGAAAGGAAAGAUUGUCUCAGUGCUGAAGGUACUGGAUGUGAUGAUGGAGAAAAUCCGUGAAAAAGUGGACCCAAACACUCCGGCGGACGUUUUCGACCACAAGGGCGUUGAUCGAACAAAAGAGAUGAAAUUGUUGGUGCCGAACACAUCGGCGGGUAUGGUGAUCGGCAAGAGCGGUGCACGAAUCAAGGAGAUCCGCGAUCAGACCGGUGCCAACAUUCAAGUGUACCCGAAAGCGGGCAGUCAAGAGGCAAAAGUGAGUUUGGAACGAGUGAUAACCGUGGCUGCUGAGGAGCCGGAUGUGUUGUUGAACGCAAUCGAGCGUGUGCUGGAGAAGGUGGCGGCUGAUCCACAGCAUGCAUCCACCACACUCGAUCAGCACGGUAAAGACCUGGUGAUGGACAAUAGCUUCGGUGCAUCAGGUGGCCACAAUCCGCACAAUCUUCACCAUUCGCAAAAUCAAGCGUCCACAAACCAACUGCAACAUUUUGAUUUCACAAAUCGCCAGUCCAAUAAUCCGAAUGCUCCCCCCACGUCUUCACUCUCAUUCAGUUCAAUGCAACAAACUCAAUUCGCUAAUCUUAAUCAAGCACCGGGCGCACAAGUAUGGCAACCAACUCAACAAAGACUCUUAGACGCUAACUAUGGAACACCAACAAAGGAUAUGUACUCGAAUGGAUCAGCGAAUUCGUUCAAAUUCAAUCCGAUGCAAGGACUCGGUAAUCAGGAGCUGUUGGCAUUCCUCGACAGUCUUCAGUCCACACUGCGUACAUCCGGAUUCAAUGAGGCGAGUGUUGCGGAAGUUAUGCAAGCUAUGCAGGUAUUGGCCAAAUACAACAUAAUGGGUUUGGGACUUGGCCUGGGAGUGGCUGCAAUGGCGCAAAUGCGCUCAAAUGAGCCCAACCAAAUGUCUGCGCCACCUCAACAACAAACACAACCGUUAAUGCAACAGUCCAGAUAUGAUGGAGGAAAUAUGGGUGGUGUUGGUGGAUCGGGGUUAGGAGGGCCGAGCAGUCUGAUGGAUAGUGGCGAUCGUCAUUAUUCUCAACAUAAUGAAGCUAAUAAGUUUGAAAUGCAGGAAGCAAAUGUGUUUUGUUUUCAGUCGAUCGGUGGUGUCGGUGGUGUACUGAUUGAUGUGAUGAGUCAAAGUAAAGCAAAUGCAAAUAAUUCGAACGCACCAAAUUUCGCGGCUACAGUCAUCAAAGAGAAACUCGUUGAUAAUGGACAUGUGGAGUUGGAGGUACCGGACGCAAUUGUUGGUGCAGUGCUCGGACCGAAGGCGAAGACGUUGGCUGAAAUUCAGCAUCUGAGUGGUUGCAAAGUUGAGGUGCACAAACGUGGCGUUAUUGCUGGUCAGGGCAAUCGUCUCAUAAGGUUCCUUUUUUUUUCUUUGACUGGUGAAGCGGAAUGUAUU